GUGAACAGUCAGUCGAUACGUUUGGGAAUUCAAGUUUGAUUCGUAAUAAUAUCCAUGACGGAUGCAUUGGUUAAGCGUCGAGCGUAGGCGUUCGGCAUCGAUCUGCAUCAGUCGCUGCAGAUGGCAAGUCCCAUGCACGAGCACCAUCACCAGCAUUCAGCCAGUGUCCAUCGGCACGAAGAACAUGAGCAUGGCCAUGAGGAACAUUUGCAAAAAACCCCCGAAGAACAUGAAGGACAUGGAGGAAAUGACUUACACGAUCACGCCCACAUGGGCAGCCAUAGUAUGUCCUUUCAUGCUGGCACCGAGGCAACAAUUUUGUUCGAGUUCUGGCACUGCGAGUCCGUGUUGGCUCUCACCAUCUCCUGUCUGCUGAUCUUUGUCGUCGCCGUGAUGUACGAGGCGCUGAAGUACUAUCGUGAAUGGCUUUUUCGAAACCGAGCGAGAAGGUCAUCCGGUGGCGCCCUCGAGCCGCCUACCGUGGAAGCGUGGUCCUUCAAGCGCAGCAGUCACACACGCUCCAUCUCUUCCUCUCCGCCCCAGCCGCACCCACAACGGGAAAGCACACCCCAGUUGAGCGUAAUACCUGCAAGAGCGCCUGGCGGUAAUCGGCACUUGCACCAUGGCAUACCGCAAGACACGAAGCUGGGCUGGCUGGCACCCUUGCAUCUGUACCAGACAUUUCUGCAUAUGCUGCAGGUCACCAUCUCGUUCCUGCUCAUGCUCGUCUUCAUGACAUUUAAUGUGUGGCUGUGUCUGGCCGUCGUUCUUGGCGCCGGCGUCGGUUAUUUCAUGUUCGGACACAGAACCCUGAGCUUACAGGAGCAUUGCAAUUGAUGGGCAUCUUCCUGCGUGCUAAUGUAUUUUUCUAAUUAAACAGAGUUAUAAAAAGAAACGCCCAGUGAAUCGCAAAUUUCGGCACGACGCCUAAUUGUUAAUGUUUAUGGGUCAUAAAACAAUGAAUAUCCUAA